GAAAAUAUUCGGAUGAAAAAGAAAAAAUAAAAGAAAAUGGGGUUUGGCAUCCUUCCACACCUAUGCUGUUCCUGCCGUUAGAUUUACCACGCGCCGUCCAUCCUUUUCUGAGGUUUUUGGGCCAUGAAGCCGUCCAUCAUUUUCUGAGCUGCGUUUGCUGGAUUUACGAACGGGGUUCCUCAGUCCUGCGUUUACUACUCAGCGAGAAGGGAACUUAAAAAUGUUGCCAAGAUGGAGCAGAGCUGUUACUCACUUCUCAAGGCUGGGUUCACAGUAUAACUUGAAUCUCAGAAAUGAAUUUUAUGUUAUUUCUCGCCAAAGCUAUGGCAGGGCUGCUGCAGCUGUGGCUCCAGAUAAAGCUAUUACUGUGGAAAAACUUCUCCCGAGUGAGUCAAUGGUAAAUCUGGACAAACUGUUUUGGUCUAAGCCAUGCUCAUUGGCUUUGGCCCCGGACUCCCCAUUAAGAAUUGAGGAGCCACAAUAUGCGGGAUUUAAACGUGCAAUCCUUAGGCUGAUGCUGUUUUAUAGCAAACAAAGCACGUCCAUUCGAGGAGCAAAUGUGGUAUAUAAGCGAAUCAUUUCACAAGUUGAUAAACCUGCCAUUUAUGAAGUAUUCAACUUGGAGAAAACCUUUAAGACAACAUUCUCUCUACUUGUACUUCAUAUGUGGCUUUGCUUACGCCGGUUGAAAGAAGACGGAAAGGAAGGGGUUGAAUUCGGGCAAUACAUAUAUGAGACUUACAAUCACGAUGUGGAACUUAGAGUAUCUAAGGCUGGGGUCAACUUAUUACUGACUAAAUGGAUGAAGGAUUUGGAGAAGAUAUUCUAUGGGAAUAUUGUUGCUUAUGAUGCUGCCGUGCUUCCGGAGGCUAGGCAGAAUGAGCUGCAAAAUGUGAUUUGGAGGAAUGUCUUUUCUGAUGAUGGUUCAUCACAACCAAAUGGUGAUGCAUCACGAGCAGUCCAGGCAAUGGCAAGAUAUAUUCGCCGGGAAGUUAGUUGCCUGUCCUUGACAGAUAAAGAAGCUGUGUUCUCUGGUAAUUUCAUGUUUACUUCAUUGAAGGGCGAGAAACCAAAAUCAGAGGCAUCCAUAUAAGAAUCCAUGUAGUCAUGUGCGAGUUUCCGUAGUUCGGAAGAAAAUUAGAAAAUUUUCAUUCAACAACAAAUCAUAAAGGCUUGUAAAACACGAGCACAAUAAAACCUUUGUAUAAUUAUCAAAAGCAAUGCCGUUAUUUUUUCAAUUGCCCGUCUUGAUGGUUUUAGCUUAUGUAAUUAUGCGUUGGUUGUGAAUGAUUAUCAAGAUAUUUGGUCGUUCGUUCCAUUUA